GAAAAAGAAACCCAGGGAAGGGGAGAAAGUGAAAAAGGAAAGUCUAACACAGGAGGCUGCACUUCCCCAGUUUGUGAGGGGUUCAGCAUGUCGUCUUUUCUCGUCCCGAUGAUGCAGGAUGCAGAAGAUAACGAUAACCCAUCUUAUCUCAACAGGAAAAGGAAGUUGAAUGCCGAGCAAUUGGGUCUUCCCCUACCAAAGCAUAAUUGUUGGGUUCAUACUGGUGAUGAGAAAAAUCAAGUGGAACAGACAAUCAAUCAUGUACUCAAGGACAAUGCCGAGCAACAUGGGAAUUCCAUCGACAACAUGAUGUCUGAUUAUGAAUCUGCUAACGAUAGCAACAGCUUUGUUGUCGAUUCACAUCCCUGUACCAUGGCAUCUAGUGAAGCUAAACCGCAAUCAGAGAUCACAAAUACAUGGCCGAGCAGCAGUCUAGCCUCUACUUCGUCGUUGAAUUGUUUUUCCGAGAGUUCUACACAGGAUCCUCGGUGUUCUUCAGAUCCUAGUAACGGGAAGGAACUCCCACAUCUUUAUUAUGACAGCCUUGAAGCAUAUGAUCACAAGGAUGGAAUGCUCGGAUAUGCUCAACAAUACUACAAGGGAGGAAAUAUCCCUCUCGAAGACGACGAAGUGGAUGAUGUUCUUGGUUUGAAUGGAGCGAACUCUCAUGUUUAUGUCCUUUCAUCUGGAAGAUGGAGUGUUGACCAAGGUAAAAGCUGCUGAAUUCAGAAGCAUCUCUAUAGUUAGCUUUGUGUGAUUCCUUGUGCCUAUUUUGGAUGUUAUUGUGUGUUUUUUCUGUUUCUUGUAUGCAGAUCCUCAGCCACAGGCCAGAAAGCCGACCAUUGAUCAAGAAUUCGAGCAAUACUUUUCUUCUCUCAUGCUGCAGUAGUAUCAUUUGCUGCACACCUAACUUCCCCUCCUACUUGUCAACUGUAAAAAUUCACUUGUGUUCGAGCUGCUACUGCUCACAAGCAUUAGCCAUCUGUUUUUCGCUUACCGCAGUUUCUGGCCCCAAAUAAUACUCUUGUUUUGUAGAAACUAUUUUUCUCAGAUUCCUGUCGCUUGAUUUUUCAUUUGUACCACAAAUGGGAGCUUGGAAGUUGGAAC